UAUAUUUAGUCACGUCUGGUCAUAUAUGAAAAUUGGCCAGAUAUGAUAAAAAAUGAUUCGAUAAUAUUAUAUAUGUUCAUGUUUGAUCAGGUACGAUCAGGCACAAACAGACAUAUUCGUAUUAAAAAUAUCCAUCCAUACAUAAUUCAAUCUAGCCAUAUAUAAUUUGAUGACCUCCAACAUUAUCAUAUUAAUUUAUACAAAUUUUGAUAUAAUUACAUAUAAUUGCGUGUAGUAAUUUAUCACUAUCAAGAAAAAAUAUCUCUUAUAUGCUUUUAUAUGCUCAUAUAAGAAGUAAUAUUAUGUGCUCAUGUAUGAAUUUUGUCUGCAAAAACUCAUAUAUGAUCAUAUAUGAUUAUCUGUCAUAUAUUUGAGCGUAUAUAUUUAAAUAAGUUUAUAUUUGAAGGUAUAGUAUUGUGAUCUGAUUAUAUAUAAUUCUAUAAGUAUAUAAUUAUACAAAUAAGUAUAUAAUUAUACAAAAUUUUAUUUUUAUAUUUUCUCAAUUUUCGGAAGCUCUCUCUGAAUUGCGAAGGCCCACGAACUCUCUUCGUAUAACAAAAACAAUAUAUACUACACUUUGCUGCUAGUGAAGUACUAACUGCUAGAAGUAAACCGUGAGUGAUGGUUUUCUUUUAUAACCCUUUUGGAGUAAAUUUUCUCACGAGAAAAAGAAGCGCCGUGCCUUCGCCUAGUGGCCAUUUUGCGAACUACUCGCGGCUGUAGGGGAAGUUCGCCUAACGCCGGACGGCACCUAUUGCCGGACACAACAAAUAUCUAUACAUAUAGAAACGCGACAGAAAACGCUAUAGUGGCAAAAGGAGAAAGGGAGGGAGUAAUAACCUUGGACCUAGCGACACGCUUUUGCGACACGCAGUAAACAAAUAGGAACUAUCAAUCGUUGCGCUCGGAAGAAAAAAAUUGUACUGCGUAAAUUUUAGAAGAGUAUAUUAUCAAAACUCUUGUGAUUAAAUAUUGACUUAUAUUUUUAUUAAGUAAUUUGAAAAACCUAGGAGGCAUUAUGGAGAAUAAAAAGAAAGGAUCAUGGGAUAAGGAUAAUUUGAAAACUGCUCUUGAUAAAGUUUUGUCAAAAAAAAUGGGACUGAGAGAAGCUGCGCUAAAGUAUAGUAUUCCUAAAAGCACUUUACAUGACAAAAUAACCUGCCUAAAGUCCGGUGAAGAAAUUGCAUUGCAGCCUAAGCUUGGUAGAUUCACCAAAACAUUCCUACCAGAAUAUGAAGAACAAUUAUUGAACCAUGUAAAAGACUUAUCUAAUCGAUGUUUGCCACUUAUGAAAAAAGAAUUUUUAAAGUUGGCAUAUGACUUAGCUGUAGAGCUAAAGCUUCCUCAUCGCUUCAACACUGAAAAAAGAACAGCUGGUAAACAUUUUUACUAUGAUUUUAUGGCUAGACAUCCUGAUUUAUCACUAAGAACACCCGAGUCUACGAGUAUGAUGCGAGCUGUAGGUUUUAAUAAGCCGCAGGUAGAUUUGUUCUUCUCAAAUCUUGAAAAACUCAUGAAUCAAUAUAAUUUUCCUCCUUCUAACAUAUAUAAUUGUGACGAAACGGGAGUUAGCUGCGUACAAAAACAUCAAAAAGUUUUAGCUCCAAAAGCUGUACGCCAAGUAGGAAAGCUUACUUCAGCUGAAAGAGGCAAGAACAUUACAAUCAUGUUUUGCAUGAGUGCUAAUGGAUAUUUCAUACCACCGUUUUUUAUCUUUCCAAGAAUGAAAAUGAAUGAACGCCUUAUGAUUAAUGCUCCCUCACAGAGUGAAGGUGUCGCUCAACCAAAAGGUUGGAUGAAUAGUGACUUUUUCUGUCAAUGGUUAAAACAUUUUGAGAAAUUCUCACAUCCUUCAAAAGAAUCACCUGUGCUUCUUCUCCUAGAUGGUCAUAGCAGCCAUAAAUCAUUGGAUGUCAUAAAUUUUUGUAGAGAACAUAACAUUCACUUAAUUAGUUCACCACCGCACACAACUCACAAAUUGCAACCUCUUGAUAGAACUUUUAUGAAGCCCUUCAAAAAUGCUUACCAUGAGCGAUGUGACAUGUGGAUGAGAGCAAACGCAGGAGCACGAAUAACUGAUUAUGAUAUUGCAGGCCUUGUUGGUGAAGCGUUCACAAAAGUAGCUCGAUUAGACAUUGCGGUGUCUGGUUUUAAAUGCACAGGAAUUUAUCCGUUUGAUAAAAAUAUAUUUUCAGAUAUUGAUUAUCUACCAAGUGAUAUGACAAACGUUCCAUUAGAAGAAAUAAGGACUCAGACCGCUCCUGUAGCUUCCAAAGUCUUAGAUGCUGUUCCUGUUCGUGACACACAAAUGACAAAAGAAAUCCAUCCGUCUACUAGUUCUGUUCCAGAUAUUUCCAAAAAUUUAUUGAAGUUAUCCCCGUUUCCCGAUGCUGCAAAGAAGCGUUCCGAAGCAAGGAAGAGAAAAUCCGAAAAAAGUCAAAUUCUCACUUCAUCUCCGUAUAAAAUAUUAGUUGAAGAAAAAGAGAAUGAAAGAAAAGGUAAAAAAGCAAAGAAGAGCCUUGAAGAGCUAUAUAAAGAAACUAAUUUACCUGAUAAGAAAAAAAGAAACAAAGCACCGAAAACAAACAGCAGUGGCACAUUUAUCCGGGCCUGA